GUUCCACCUUCAGUUCCACCCUCUGAUCACAAACUAAAAGCCAUUGGAAACAGGUGAGAUCGAGCAGAACGGAUCUCUACAGGGUCAGUGAAGAUGUUCCAGAUGAAGAUGCUGGGAUGGGCCAUAGUGCUACUGGGCCUGCAGUCUGCAUAUGCAGGAUAUAAGAAAGAUGUUGGGGACACAAGCUCAAAAGAAUCAAGCUCAAAAGAAUCAAGCUCAAAAGAAUCAAGCUCAGAAGAAUCGGAUGUUUUUUUGCCAACAACGGUCUUCCCCACUCUGCCAAAUCUGGUGACAAUAUCAGAACCAAAUCCGGAUCACCAAUCCACCAUCUGUAGCACAUGGGGAAAUUUUCACUUCAGGACCUUUGAUGGUCAUUUCUUUCAAAUGGCUGACACAUGUAACCACAUUCUGGCUGUGAUGUGUGAUGUACCUGUCUCAGAUUUUAACAUCCAAAUGCAAAGAACGAUGGUGAAUGGCUUGGUUACUUUCACCUCAGUCACAUUAGAGCUGGAGGGGACGUCCAUCAAAUUUAGUCAAGGCAACAUCUACAUGGACGACCAAGUGGUAUCUAUUCCCAUGAGUCAGAAUGGAAUUAAAAUCGAGGGAAGCUCUUCGAGUGUUAAGGUCUCCAAAUAUGGAGUGACUGUUAUUUGGGAGGAAGAAGAUCAUUCUAUGGUGAUUGAACUUGCUGAGAAGUACCAAGGUCAGACAUGUGGACUCUGUGGAAACUUCAAUGGCAACACGACUGAUGACGAAAUUUUAACAGAUCCAGAGACAUGGAAGGUGUCCAUACCAGCUGAACCCUGUGAAGAAAUCCCACUUCCCCCUAGCGAUCAGUGUGAAAACCAGAUUGACAUAUGUAAGCAGUAUCUGAAGAGUUCAGGAUUUGAUGAUUGUCGUCGUCUGAUGGACCUGAGUUCAUUUGAGAAAGUUUGCGCAGACGACCUGUGUCAAUGUCCUGGAAACCAAGAUUGUGUCUGCAACACGCUUACAGAAAUAUCACGACAGUGCACGCAUGCUGGUGGCAGGCCGGGAAUGUGGAGAACAGAUCAACUUUGUCCAAAGACAUGUCCACUAAACAUGGUAUACAUGGAGUGUGCUGGCCCAUGCAAAAACACCUGCUCGGCCCCAAAUGGAACCCUGCUGUGUACAGAUCACUGCGUAGAUGGCUGCUUCUGCCCUGAGGGCACCGUGGAAGACAACAUUGGUAACAGUGGUUGCGUUCCUAUAAGCCAAUGCCCAUGUAUGCACGAUGGCACAAUAUAUCAGACUGGAGAGUCAUACGAGCAAGCAUGUAAAAAAUGCGAGUGUGCUGCUGGAUACUGGAGUUGCACGGAUCUGGAAUGUCCUGGAAUCUGUUCUGUUAUGGGAGGCUCUCACAUCACCACCUAUGAUAGAAAAACCUUCAGCUUUAAUGGCAACUGUGACUACAUCCUCACUAAGCACUCUAAUGACAGCAGUAUUGCUGUUGUUGGAAAUCUGGACAAGUGUGAUCCGAGCCGAACUGACAUGUGUUUAAAUUCUGUUACUCUGAUCAUGUCAAAGACCAUAGUGACCACUGUCAUUUUUUCGUCCAGUGGGACUGUCACGCUAAAUGGAAUCAGUCCAGAUAUGUUUCCAAUAAUCACAGAGCAAGUGGUCAUCUUCCAGCCCUCAUCAUCCUUCAUUAUCGCUGAAAUAAAGAAUUUUCGUCUAGAGAUCCAACUGUCUCCAGUUAUGCAGUUGUAUAUUGUAGCCAGCACUUCAGAGAAAGGCAAAAUGAGUGGUCUGUGUGGGAACUAUAACGGUGUCCAGAAAGAUGACUUUAAAACAGAUUCAGGCAUUAUAGAGGGAACACCAACAUCCUUUGUUAACUUUUGGAAAAAAAACCCAUACGCUUGUCCAGAUGUUGAAAACACAUUUGACAACCCCUGCAGUCUAAGAGUGGAAACAGAAAAACUUGCAAAAGACUGGUGUUCCCGUCUGACGGAUCCAAAUGGAACCUUCUCCUCAUGUCAUUCAGAAAUAUGCCCUGACAUUUACUAUCAAAACUGCAUUUAUGACACCUGUAAGUGUGCUGAUAUUGAGAAGUGUAUGUGUGCUGCCCUCUCCGCCUAUGCCCAUGCAUGUGCCGAAAGAGGGAUCAUUGUCCACGGAUGGGUGGAUUCAUACCCCUGUGACAAAGUGUCAGAGUGUUCAGAAAAUAUGGAGUACUCCUACAAUGUGACCAGUUGUAGCAAAACCUGUCGUUCUAACUCUAAGACCGACUACAGCUGCAAAAUGUCUACACCUGUGGAUGGCUGUGUUUGUUCAAAAGGGGCUUACCUAAACGAUGCAGGCCAGUGUGUGAAUGCUGACCAGUGUCCUUGUUACUAUAACAACCUGGUCAUAGAGCCAUCAGGAUCAGUAAACGUAGAUGGAGCCAACUGCACCUGCAAUCGCGGCAAAAUACACUGCUACAGUCCGGAAGACUGUGUGGCUCCAAUGGUCUACGUCAAAUGUUCGAUGAGUGAACAUGGAAAAACAGGAGCAGAGUGUCAAAGGACAUGCCAGAACCAAGAUCCACAUAACUGCGUCAGCACAGGAUGUGUAUCAGGAUGUAUGUGCCCAGAUCAUCUGCUAGCUGAUGGUCAAGGUGGCUGUGUAGAGAAGGAAAACUGUCCCUGUUUUCACAAUGGAUUAACUUAUUCACCUGGGGAUGAGAUUCAAGACGAUUGCAACACCUGCAAAUGCAAAAAAGGGAUGUGGAGUUGUACUGGUAAAGAUUGUUACGGCACCUGUACCAUCUAUGGUGAAGGACAUUAUAAGACUUUCGAUGGAAGAAAAUAUUUUUACCACGGAGGUUGUGAAUACAUCUUAGCACAAGAUUACUGCAACAUGGGGGAGAGUCAACAUUCAUUACGCAUUGUUACAGAGAACAUUCCCUGUGGCUCCACCGACUCUAUUUGCUCCAAAUCUGUAAAUCUUUUCUUUGGGAGAUACAAGGUGGUUUUAUCUGAAGUGGAUGGAGUAAAAGUUAUUGAAACCAAUGGAACUGACUACCAAUAUCAAAUCAAUUCUGUGGGGAUUUACACUGUCAUUGAGAUCAAAAAGCUUUUAAACGUAAUUUGGGAUGGCAAAACAACCCUGAUGCUCCAACUCCAUCCCAGCUUAAAGGGCAAAAUGUGUGGACUGUGUGGAAACUUUGAUGGUAAUGCAAAUAACGACUUUGUAAAGCAUGAUGGAGAAGAGGUCACUGAUGCGGUGGUGUUUGGAAGUAGCUGGAAAGUGAAACCAGGCUGCCCAGAAGUGGAAAGUUUGAUAGACCCUUGUGAGAAAAACCCUCACCGGAGUUCCUGGGCUAUCAAGCAAUGCAGCAUCAUUACAAGCAAUGUCUUUAAAGACUGCCAUGCACGUGUGGACCCUGCCCCAUACUAUGAUGCCUGUGUGAGGGACACCUGUGCAUGUGAUUCUGGGGGAGACUGUGAUUGUUUCUGUACAGCAGUGGCUGCUUAUGCGGCUGAAUGUCGAAAGAAAGAGGCUUGCAUUGCAUGGCGGACUCCACACAUUUGUCCUUUAUUCUGUGACUACUACAAUGACCUAGUUGGAGACUGUGAGUGGCACUACAGAACCUGUGGUUCAGCUUGCAUGAAAACAUGCAAAAACCCAGAAGGGACCUGUUCCAAUCAAAUUCCUCUCCUAGAAGGGUGUUUUCCUCAGUGCCCUUCUGACAGGCCAUUUUUUAAGGAAGAAACCCAAAAAUGUGUCACAGAGAUAGAUUGUCAUACAUGUGUAUAUGAUGGGAAGGAGUUCACGAUUGGAGAAGAAGUGUACCACACCACAGAUGGAAACGGCUUGUGUUUCAAAGCUGUGUGUGGAUCAAAUGCAACAAUAAUUAGAUAUAUGGAAACUUGCAUAACAACAGCUACACCUUUUACUUUCCAAAGUAAAAAAACAACAGCAACAUCAACGACCACACAACCAUCAACAACAACACAACCAGCAACAGCUACUGAAACAACUGGUAUGUCCACAUCUACUGGACCAUCAACAACUCAACAACAAAAAGCUACUCAUACCACUGUCGUGUCCACAACUACAGGACCAUCAGCAACACAACCAACAACAGCUACACAAACCACUGGUAUCUCCGCAUCUACAGGACAGUCAACAGGAACAGCACAAUCAACCACACAAUCAUUAACAGAGCAAACGACACAACAAUCAACAGCUACUCAAACGACUGGUGUGUCCACAACUACAGGACCAUCAACAACACAACCAACAACAGCUACACGAACCACUGGUGUGUCCACAACUGCAGGAACAUCAACAGGAACAGCACAAUCAACAACACAACCAAUACAAGUGGAAACAACACAAGUAUCAACAGCUACUCAUGCCACUGGUGUGUCCACAACUACAGGACCAUCUACAACACAACCAACAACAGCUACACAAACCACUGGUGUGUCCACAACUGCAGGACCAUCAACAGGAACAGCACAAUCAACAACACAACCAAUAAAAGUGGAAACAACACAAGUAUCAACAGCUACUCAUGCCACUGGUGUGUCCACAACUAAAGGACCAUCAACAUCACAACCAACAACAGCUACACAAACGACUGGUGUGUCCACAACUGCAGGAUCAUCAACAGGAACAGCACAAUCAACAACACAACCAAUAAAAGUGGAAACAACACAAGUAUCAACAGCUACUCAUGCCACUGGUGUGUCCACAACUACAGGACCAUCAACAACACAACCAACAACAGCUACACAAACGACUGGUGUGUCCACAACUACAGGACCAUCAACAGGAACAGCACAAUCAACAACACAACCAAUAAAAGUGGAAACAACACAAGUAUCAACAGCUACUCAUGCCACUGGUGUGUCCACAACUGCAGGACCAUCAACACCACAACCAACAACAGCUACACAAACCACUGGUGUGUCCACAACUGCAGGACCAUCAACAGGAACAGCACAAUCAACAACACAACCAAUAAAAGUGGAAACAACACAAGUAUCAACAGCUACUCAUGCCACUGGUGUGUCCACAACUACAGGACCAUCAACAACACAACCAACUACAGCUACACAAACCACUGGUGUGUCCACAACUGCAAGACCAUCAACAGGAACAGCACAAUCAACAACACCAUUAGCAGGAACAACACAAUCAACAACACAAACAAUAAAAGUGGAAACAACACAAGUAUCAACUGCUACUCAUGCCACUGGUGUGUCCACAACUACAGGACCAUCAACAGGAAAAGCACAAUCAACAACACAACCAAUAAAAGUCGAAACAACACUAGUAUCAACAGCUACUCAUGCCACUGGUGUGUCAACAACUACAGGACCAUCAACAGGAAAAGCACAAUCAACAACACAACCAAUAAAAGUCGAAACAACACAAGUAUCAACAGCUACUCAUGCCACUGGUGUGUCCACAACUACAGGACCAUCAACAACACAACCAACAACAGCUACACAAGGCACUGGUGUGUCCACAACUGCAGGAUCAUCAACAACACAACCAACAACAACUACACAAACCACUGGUGUGUCCACAACUGCUGGACCAUCAACAAGAACAGCACAAUCAACAACAACAUUAACAGGCACAUCACAAUCAACAACACAACCAAUAAAAGUCGAAACAACACAAGUAUCAACAGCUACUCAUGCCACUGGUGUGUCCACAACUGCAGGACCAUCAACAACACAACCAACAACAGCUACACAAGCCACUGGUGUGUCCACAACUGCAGGAUCAUCAACAACACAACCAACAACAGCUACACAAACCACUGGUGUGUCCACAACUGCUGGACCAUCAACAAGAACAGCACAAUCAACAACAACAUUAACAGGCACAUCACAAUCAACAACACAACCAAUAAAAGUCGAAACAACACAAGUAUCAACAGCUACUCAUGCCACUGGUGUGUCCACAACUGCAGGACCAUCAACAACACAACCAACAACAGCUACACAAGCCACUGGUGUGUCCACAACUGCAGGAUCAUCAACAACACAACCAACAACAGCUACACAAACCACUGGUGUGUCCACAACUGCAGGACCAUCAACAGGAACAGCACAAUCAACAACACAACCAAUAAAAGUGGAAACAACACAAGUAUCAACAGCUACUCAUGCCACUGGUGUGUCCACAACUACAGGACCAUCAACAACACAACCAACUACAGCUACACAAACCACUGGUGUGUCCACAACUGCAAGACCAUCAACAGGAACAGCACAAUCAACAACACCAUUAGCAGGAACAACACAAUCAACAACACAAACAAUAAAAGUGGAAACAACACAAGUAUCAACUGCUACUCAUGCCACUGGUGUGUCCACAACUACAGGACCAUCAACAGGAAAAGCACAAUCAACAACACAACCAAUAAAAGUCGAAACAACACUAGUAUCAACAGCUACUCAUGCCACUGGUGUGUCAACAACUACAGGACCAUCAACAGGAAAAGCACAAUCAACAACACAACCAAUAAAAGUCGAAACAACACAAGUAUCAACAGCUACUCAUGCCACUGGUGUGUCCACAACUACAGGACCAUCAACAACACAACCAACAACAGCUACACAAGCCACUGGUGUGUCCACAACUGCAGGAUCAUCAACAACACAACCAACAACAACUACACAAACCACUGGUGUGUCCACAACUGCUGGACCAUCAACAAGAACAGCACAAUCAACAACAACAUUAACAGGCACAUCACAAUCAACAACACAACCAAUAAAAGUCGAAACAACACAAGUAUCAACAGCUACUCAUGCCACUGGUGUGUCCACAACUGCAGGACCAUCAACAACACAACCAACAACAGCUACACAAGCCACUGGUGUGUCCACAACUGCAGGAUCAUCAACAACACAACCAACAACAACUACACAAACCACUGGUGUGUCCACAACUGCUGGACCAUCAACAAGAACAGCACAAUCAACAACAACAUUAACAGGCACAUCACAAUCAACAACACAACCAAUAAAAGUCGAAACAACACAAGUAUCAACAGCUACUCAUGCCACUGGUGUGUCCACAACUGCAGGACCAUCAACAACACAACCAACAACAGCUACACAAGCCACUGGUGUGUCCACAACUGCAGGAUCAUCAACAACACAACCAACAACAGCUACACAAACCACUGGUGUGUCCACAACUGCUGGACCAUCAACAAGAACAGCACAAUCAACAACAACAUUAACAGGCACAUCACAAUCAACAACACAACCAAUAAAAGUCGAAACAACACAAGUAUCAACAGCUACUCAUGCCACUGGUGUGUCCACAACUGCAGGACCAUCAACAACACAACCAACAACAGCUACACAAGCCACUGGUGUGUCCACAACUGCAGGAUCAUCAACAACACAACCAACAACAACUACACAAACCACUGGUGUGUCCACAACUGCAGGACCAUCUACAACACAACCAACAACAGCUACACAAACCACUGGUGUGUCCACAACUGCAGGACCAGGAACAGCACAAUCAACAACACAACCAAUAAAAGUGGAAACAACACAAGUAUCAACAGCUACUCAUGCCACUGGUGUGUCCACAACUACAGGACCAUCUACAACACAACCAACAACAGCUACACAAACCACUGGUGUGUCCACAACUGCAGGACCAGGAACAGCACAAUCAACAACACAACCAAUAAAAGUGGAAACAACACAAGUAUCAACAGCUACUCAUGCCACUGGUGUGUCAACAACUACAGGACCAUCUACAACACAACCAACAACAGCUACACAAACCACUGGUGUGUCCACAACUGCAGGACCAUCAACAGGAACAGCACAAUCAACAACACAACCAAUAAAAGUGGAAACAACACAAGUAUCAACAGCUACUCAUGCCACUGGUGUGUCCACAACUACAGGACCAUCAACAACACAACCAACAACAGCUACACAAACGACUGGUGUGUCCACAACUGCAGGACCAUCAACAGGAACAGCACAAUCAACAACACAACCAAUAAAAGUGGAAACAACACAAGUAUCAACAGCUACUCAUGCCACUGGUGUGUCCACAACUACAGGACAAUCUACAACACAACCAACAACAGCUACACAAACCACUGGUGUGUCCACAACUGGAGGACCAUCAACAACACAACCAACAACAGCUACACAAACCACCGGUGUGUCCACAACUGCAGGACCCUCAACAGGAACAGCACAAUCAACAACACAACCAAUAAAAGUGGAAACAACACAAGUAUCAACAGCUACUCAUCCCACUGGGGUGUCCACAACUGCAGGACCAUCAACAACACAACCAACAACAUCUACACAAACCUCUGGUGUGUCCACAACUGCAGGACCAUCAACAGGAAUAGCACAAUCAACAACACAACCAAUAAAAGUGGAAACAACACAAGUAUCAACAGCUACUCAUGCCACUGGUGUGUCCACAACUGCAGGAUCAUCAACACCACAACCAACAACAGCUACACAAACCACUGGUGUGUCCACAACUGCAGGACCAUCAACAGGAACAGCACAAUCAACAACACAACCAAUAAAAGUGGAAACAACACAAGUAUCAACAGCUACUCAUGCCACUGGUGUGUCCACAACUACAGGACCAUCUACAACACAACCAACAACAGCUACACAAACCACUGGUGUGUCCACAACUGCAGGACCAUCAACAACACAACCAAUAACAGCUACACAAACCACUGGUGUGUCCACAACUGCAGGAACAGGAACAGCACAAUCAACAACACCAUUAGCAGGAACAACACAAUCAACAACACAACCAAUAAAAGUGGAAACAACACAAGUAUCAACUGCUACUCGUGCCACUGGUGUGUCCACAACUGCAGGACCAUAUACAACACAACCAAAAACAGCUACAAAAACCACUGGUGUGUCCACAACUGCAGGGCCAUCAACAGGUAUAGCACAAUCAACAACAACAUUAACAGGCACAUCACAAUCAACAACACAACCAAUAAAAGUCGAAACAACACAAGUAUCAACAGCUACUCAUGCCACUGGUGUGUCCACAACUGCAGGACCAUCAACAACACAACCAACAACAGCUACACAAGCCACUGGUGUGUCCACAACUUCAGGACCAUCAACAACACAACCAACAACAACUACACAAACCACUGGUGUGUCCACAACUGCAGGACCAUCAACAGGAACCGCACAAUCAACAACACAACCAAUAAAAGUGGAAACAACACAAGUAUCAACAGCUACUCAUGCCACUGGUGUGUCCACAACUGGAGGACCAUCAACAACACAACCAACAACAGCUACACAAACCACCGGUGUGUCCACAACUGCAGGACCAUCAACAGGAACAGCACAAUCAACAACACAACCAAUAAAAGUGGAAACAACACAAGUAUCAACAGCUACUCAUGCCACUGGUGUGUCCACAACUACAGGACCAUCUACAACACAACCAACAACAGCUACACAAACCACUGGUGUGUCCACAACUGCAGGACCAUCAACAACACAACCAACAACAGCUACACAAACCACUGGUGUGUCCACAACUGCAGGACCAUCAACAGGAACAGCACAAUCAACAACACAACCAAUAAAAGGGGAAACAACACAAGCAUCAACAGCUACUCAUGCCACUGGUGUGUCCACAACUGCAGGACCAUCUACAACACAACCAACAACAGCUACACAAACCACUGGUGUGUCCACCACUGCAGGACCAUCAACAACACAACCAACAACAGCGACACAAACCACUGGUGUGUCCACCACUGCAGGACCAUCAACAGGAAUAGCACAGUCAACAACACAACCAAUAAAAGGGGAAACAACACAAGUAUCAACAGCUACUCAUGCCACUGGUGUGUCCACAACUGCAGGACCAUCAUCAACACAACCAACUACAGCUACACAAACAACUGGUGUGUCCACAACUGCAGGACCAUCAACAGGAACAGCACAAUCAACAACACAACCAAUAAAAGGGGAAACAACACAAGUAUCAACAGCUACUCAUGCCACUGGUGUGUCCACAACUGCAGGACCAUCAACAACACAACCAACAACAGCUACACAAAGUACUGGUGUGUCCACAACUGCAGGACCAUCAACAGGAACAGCACAAUCAACAACACAACCAAUAAAAGGGGAAACAACACAAGCAUCAACAGCUACUCAUGCCACUGGUGUUUCCACAACUACAGGACCAUCAACAACACAACCAACAACAGCUACACAAACCACUGGUGUGUCCACAACUGCAGGACCAUCAACAGGAACAGCACAAUCAACAACACAACCAAUAAAAGGGGAAACAACACAAGUAUCAACAGCUACUCAUGCCACUGGUGUUUCCACAACUGCAGGACCAUCAACAACACAACCAACAACAGCUACACAAAGCACUGGUAUGUCCACAACUGCAGGACCAUCAACAACAAAACCAACAACAGCUACACAAACCACUGGUGUGUCCACAACUGCAGGACCAUCAACAGGAACAGCACAAUCAACAACACAACCAAUAAAAGGGGAAACAACACAAGUAUCAACAGCUACUCAUGCCACUGGUGUGUCCACAACUGCAGGACCAUCAUCAACACAACCAACUACAGCUACACAAACAACUGGUGUGUCCACAACUGCAGGACCAUCAACAGGAACAGCACAAUCAACAACACAACCAAUAAAAGGGGAAACAACACAAGCAUCAACAGCUACUCGUGCCACUGGUGUUUCCACAACUACAGGACCAUCAACAACACAACCAACAACAGCUACACAAACAACUGGUGUGUCCACAACUGCAGGACCAUCAACAGGAACAGCACAAUCAACAACACAACCAAUAAAAGGGGAAACAACACAAGUAUCAACAGCUACUCAUGCCACUGGUGUGUCCACAACUGCAGGACCAUCAUCAACACAACCAACUACAGCUACACAAACAACUGGUGUGUCCACAACUGCAGGACCAUCAACAGGAACAGCACAAUCAACAACACAACCAAUAAAAGGGGAAACAACACAAGUAUCAACAGCUACUCAUGCCACUGGUGUGUCCACAACUGCAGGACCAUCAUCAACACAACCAACUACAGCUACACAAACAACUGGUGUGUCCACAACUGCAGGACCAUCAACAGGAACAGCACAAUCAACAACACAACCAAUAAAAGGGGAAACAACACAAGCAUCAACAGCUACUCGUGCCACUGGUGUUUCCACAACUACAGGACCAUCAACAACACAACCAACAACAGCUACACAAACAACUGGUGUGUCCACAACUGCAGGACCAUCAACAGGAACAGCACAAUCAACAACACAACCAAUAAAAGGGGAAACAACACAAGCAUCAACAGCUACUCAUGCCACUGGUGUUUCCACAACUGCAGGACCAUCAACAACACAACCAACAACAGCUACACAAAGCACUGGUGUGUCCACAACUGCAGGACCAUCAACAGGAACAGCACAAUCAACAACACAACCAAUAAAAGGGGAAACAACACAAGCAUCAACAGCUACUCAUGCCACUGGUGUUUCCACAACUACAGGACCAUCAACAACACAACCAACUACAGCUACACAAACCACUGGUGUGUCCACAACUGCAAGACCAUCAACAGGAACAGCACAAUCAACACCAUUAGCAGGAACAACACAAUCAACAACACAAACAAUAAAAGUGGAAACAACACAAGUAUCAACUGCUACUCAUGCCACUGGUGUGUCAACAACUACAGGACCAUCUACAACACAACCAACAACAGCUACACAAACCACUGGUGUGUCCACAACUGCAGGACCAUCAACAGGAACAGCACAAUCAACAACACAACCAAUAAAAGUGGAAACAACACAAGUAUCAACAGCUACUCAUGCCACUAGUGUGUCCACAAAUGCAGGACCAUCAACAACACAACCAACAACAGCUACACAAACCACUGGUGUGUCCACAACUGCAGGACCAUCAACAGGAACAGCACAAUCAACAACACAACCAAUAAAAGUGGAAACAACAAAAGUAUCAACAGCUACUCAUGCCACUGGUGUGUCCACAACUGCAGGACCAUCAACAACACAACCAACAACAGCUACACAAACCACUGGUGUGUCCACAACUGCAGGACCAUCAACAGGAACAGCACAAUCAACAACACAACCAAUAAAAGUGGAAACAACACAAGUAUCAACUGUUACUCAUGCCACGGGGGUGUCCACAACUGCAGGACCAUCAACAACACAACCAACAACAGCUACACAAACCACCGGUGUGUCCACGACUGCAGGACCAUCAACAGGAACAGCACAAUCAACAACACAACCAAUAAAAGUGGAAACAACACAAGUAUCAACAGCUACUCAUGCCACUGGUGUGUCCACAACUGCAGGACCAUCAACAACACAACCAACAACAGCUACACAAACCACUGGUGUGUCCACAACUGCAGGACCAUCAACAGGAACAGCACAAUCAACAACACAACCAAUAAAAGUGGAAACAACACAAGUAUCAACAGCUACUCAUGCCACUGGUGUGUCCACAACUACAGGACCAUCUACAACACAACCAACCACAGCUACACAAACCACUGGUGUGUCCACAACUGCAGGACCAUCAACAGGAACAGCACAACCAACAACACAACCAAUAAAAGUGGAAACAACACAAAUAUCAACAGCUACUCAUGCCACUGGUGUGUCCACAACUACAGGACCAUCUACAACACAACCAACAACAGCUACACAAACCACUGGUGUGUCCACAACUGCAGGACCAUCGACAGGAACAGCACAAUCAACAACACAACCAAUAAAAGUGGAAACAACACAAGUAUCAACAGCUACUCAUGCCACUGGUGUGUCCACAACUACAGGACCAGCAACAACACAACCAACAACAGCUACACAAACCACUGGUGUGUCCACAACUGCAGGAACAUCAACAGGAACAGCACAAUCAACAACACAACCAAUAAAAGUGGAAACAACACAAGUAUCAACAGCUACUCAUGCCACAGGUGUGUCCACAACUACAGGACCAUCAACAACACAACCAACUACAGCUACACAAACCACUGGUGUGUCCACAACUGCAAGACCAUCAACAGGAACAGCACAAUCAACACCAUUAGCAGGAACAACACAAUCAACAACACAAACAAUAAAAGUGGAAACAACACAAGUAUCAACUGCUACUCAUGCCACUGGUGUGUCCACAACUACAGGACCAUCAACAACACAACCAACAACAGCUACACAAACCACUGGUGUGUCCACAACUGCAGGACCAUCAACAGGAACAGCACAAUCAACAACACAACCAAUAAAAGUGGAAACAACACAAGUAUCAACAGCUACUCAUGCCACAGGUGUGUCCACAACUACAGGACCAUCAACAACACAACCAACUACAGCUACACAAACCACUGGUGUGUCCACAACUGCAAGACCAUCAACAGGAACAGCACAAUCAACACCAUUAGCAGGAACAACACAAUCAACAACACAAACAAUAAAAGUGGAAACAACACAAGUAUCAACAGCUACUCAUGCCACUGGUGUGUCCACAACUACAGGACCAUCAACAGCACAACCAACAACAGCUACACAAACCACUGGUGUGUCCACAGCUGCAGGACCACCAACAGGAACAGCACAAUCAACAACACAACCAAUAAAAGUUGAAACAACACAAGUAUCAACAGCUACUCAUGCCACUGGUGUGUCCACAACUACAGGACCAUCAACAACACAACCAACAACAGCUACACAAACCACUGGUGUGUCCACAACUGCAGGACCAUCAACAGGAACAGCACAAUCAACAACACAACCAAUAAAAGUGGAAACAACACAAGUAUCAACAGCUACUCAUGCCACUGGUGUGUCCACAACUGCAGGACCAUCUACAACACAACCAACAACAGCUACACAAACCACUGGUUUGUCCACAACUGCAGGACCAUCAACAGGUACAGCACAAUCAACAACACAACCAAUAAAAGAGGAAACAACACAAGUAUCAAUAGCUACUCAUGCCACUGGUGUGUCCACAACUGCAGGACCAUCAACAACACAACCAACAACAGCUACACAAACCACUGGUGUGUCCACAACUGCAGGACCACCAACAGGAACAGCACAAUCAACAACACAACCAAUAAAAGUGGAAACAACACAAGUAUCAACAGAUACUCAUGCCACUGGUGUGUCCACAAUUACAGGACCAUCAACAUCACAACCAACAACAGCUACACAAACCACUGGUGUGUCCACAACUGCAGGACCAUCAACAGGAACAGCACAAUCAACAACACAACCAAUAAAAGUGGAAACAACACAAGUAUCAACAGCUACUCAUGCCACUGGUGUGUCCACAACUGCAGGGCCAUCAACAACACAACCAACAACAGCUACUCAUGCCACUGCUGUGUCCACAACUGCAGGGCCAUUAACAACACAACCAACAACAGCUACACAAACCACUGGUGUGUCCUCAACUGCAGGACCAUCAACAGGAACAGCACAAUCAACGACACAACCAAUAAAAGAGGAAACAACACAAGUAUCAACAGCUACUCAUGCCACUGGUGUGUCCACAACUGCAGGGCCAUCAACAACACAACCAACAACAGCUACACAAACCACUGGUUUGUCCACAACUGCAGGACCAUCAACAGGAACAGCACAAUCAACAACACAACAAAUAAAAGAGAAAACAACACAAGUAUCAACAGCUACACAUGCCACUGCUGUGUCCACAACUGCAGGGCCAUCAACAACACAACCAACAACAGCUACACAAACCACUGGUGUGUCCACAACUGCAGGGCCAUCAACAACACAACCAACAACAGCUACACAAACCACCGGUGUGUUCACAUCUACAGGACCAUCAACAGGAACAGCACAAUCAACAACACAACCAAUAAAAGUGGAAACAACACAAGUAUCAACAGCUACUCAUGCCACUGGUGUGUCCACAACUGCAGGGCCAUCAACAACACAACCAACAACAGCUACUCAUGCCACUGCUGUGUCCACAACUGCAGGGCCAUUAACAACACAACCAACAACAGCUACACAAACCACUGGUGUGUCCUCCACUGCAGGACCAUCAACAGGAACAGCACAAUCAACGACACAACCAUUAAAAGAGGAAACAACACAAGUAUCAACAGCUACUCGUGCCACUGGUGUGUCCACAACUGCAGGGCCAUCAACAACACAACCAACAACAGCUACACAAACCACUGGUUUGUCCACAACUGCAGGACCAUCAACAGGAACAGCACAAUCAACAACACAACAAAUAAAAGAGAAAACAACACAAGUAUCAACAGCUACACAUGCCACUGCUGUGUCCACAACUGCAGGGCCAUCAACAACACAACCAACAACAGCUACACAAACCACUGGUGUGUCCACAACUGCAGGGCCAUCAACAACACAACCAACAACAGCUACACAAACGACUGGUGUGCCCACAACUGCAGGACCAUCAACAACACAACCAACAACAGCUACACAAACCACUGGUGUGUUCACAUCUACAGGACAAUCAACAACACAACUAUUAACAGAGGAAACAACACAAGAAUCAACAGCUACAUAUACCACCGGUGUGUCCACAACAACAGGACCACCAAAAACCACACAACCAACAACAGCUACACAAACCACUGGUGUGUCCACAACUAUAGGACCAUCAACAACAAAACUAUUAACAGAGGAAACAACACAAGAAUCAACAACUACUCAUAUCACUGGUGUGUACACAACUACAGGACCAUCAACAACACAACUAUUAACAGAGGAGACAACAGAAGAAUCAACAGCUACUUAUACCACUGGUGUAACCACAACUACAGGACCAUCAACAACAGAACUAUUAACAGAGGAAACAACACAAGAAUCAACAACUACUCAUAUCACUGGUGUGUACACAACUACAGGACCAUCAACAACACAACUAUUAACAGAGGAGACAACAGAAGAAUCAACAGCUACUUAUACCACUGGUGUGUCCACAACUACAGGACCAUCAACAACAGAACUAAUAACAGAGGAGACAACAGAAGAAUCAACAGCUACUUAUACCACUGGUGUGUCCACAACUGCAGGACCACCAACAACAGAACUAUUAACAGAGGAGACAACAGAACUAUUAACAGAGGAGACAACACAAGAAUCAACAGCUACUUAUAUCACUGGUAUGUCCACAACUACAGGACCAUCAUCAACAGAACUAUUAACAGAGGAGACAACAGAACUAUUAACAGAGGAGACAACACAAGAAUCAACAGCUACUUAUACCACUGGUGUGUCCACAACUGCAGGACCACCAACAACAGAACUAUUAACAGAGGAGACAACAGAACUAUUAACAGAGGAGACAACACAAGAAUCAACAGCUACUUAUACCACUGGUAUGUCCACAACUACAGGACCAUCAUCAACAGAACUAUUAACAGAGGAGACAACAGAACUAUUAACAGAGGAGACAACACAAGAAUCAACAGCCACUUAUACCACUGGUGUGUCCACAACUACAGGACCAUCAACAACAGAACUAUUAACAGAGGAGACAACAGAACUAUUAACAGAGGAGACAACACAAGAAUCAACAGCUACUUAUACCACUGGUAUGUCCACAACUACAGGACCAUCAUCAACAGAACUAUUAACAGAGGAGACAACAGAACUAUUUACAGAGGAGACAACAGAACUAUUAACAGAGGAGACAACACAAGAAUCAACAGCUACUUAUACCACUGGUAUGUCCACAACUACAGGACCAUCAUCAACAGAACUAUUAACAGAGGAGACAACAGAACUAUUUACAGAGGAGACAACAGAACUAUUAACAGAGGAGACAACACAAGAAUCAACAGCUACUUAUACCACUGGUAUGUCCACAACUACAGGACCAUCAUCAACAGAACUAUUAACAGAGGAGACAACAGAACUAUUUACAGAGGAGACAACAGAACUAUUAACAGAGGAGACAACACAAGAAUCAACAGCUACUUAUACCACUGGUAUGUCCACAACUACAGGACCAUCAUCAACAGAACUAUUAACAGAGGAGACAACAGAACUAUUUACAGAGGAGACAACAGAACUAUUAACAGAGGAGACAACACAAGAAUCAACAGCUACUUAUACCACUGGUAUGUCCACAACUACAGGACCAUCAUCAACAGAACUAUUAACAGAGGAGACAACAGAACUAUUAACAGAGGAGACAACAGAAGAAUCAACAGCUACUUAUACCACUGGUGUGUCCACAACUGCAGGAUCAUCAACAACUGAACUAUUAACAGCUACACAAACCACGGGUGUGUCCACAACUGCACGACCAUCAACAACACAACCAACAACAGCUACACAAGCCACAGGUGUGUCCACAAUUGCAGGGCCUUCAACAACACAUCCAACAACAGCUACACAAACCACUGGUUUGUCCACAACUGCAGGAGCAUCUACAGGAACAGCACAAUCAACAACACCACCAUUAAAAGAGGAAACAACACAAAUAUCAACAGCUGCUCAUACAACUGGUGUGUCCAGAACAACAGGACCAUCAACAACACAGCCAACAACAGCUACACAAACCACUGGUGUGUCCACAACUGCAGGGCCAUCAACAACACAACCAACAACAGCUACACAAACCACUUUUGUGUCCACAACUGCAGGACCAUCAACAGGAACAGCACAAUCAACAACACAACCAUUAACAGAGGAAACAACACAACCAACAACACAACCAUUAACAGCUACACAAACCACUGGUGUGUCCACAUCUACAGGACCAUCAACAGGAACAACACAACCAACUACACAAUUAACAAAAGAAACUGCUACUUCCACCAUUACUGCUACAACAUCAAAUCCAUUAUCUACUACAGUGACAGAAACAUCAACAAAGUUUACAGUCUUAACAAAAUCAACUGAACAAAUAUCUCAUACCACUUUACCCCAAGAACAAAUUACAACAAGUUGUUACUGCACAUUCGCAAAUGAAACAUUCCCUCCAGGGUCUAUGAUAUACAACCAAACUGAUAAAGCAGACUGGUGCUACACUGCUUACUGCAACUCAAGUUGUUUUGUUGAAGUAACGAAGAACCCGUGUUAUAAAACCACUACAGUUCCAGUUUCAACAGUUCCAAAUGAUUGUAAUGAUGUCAACCGAAAGAAUGGAGAAUCGUGGACUGAAGAAUGUAUAACGAAAACAUGCACAGAAGGGACGGUGACCUCCACCCCUGUGCAGUGUGACACAAAUGAUGCCGUGGUACCUACGUGUGCUAAUGGACUUACACCUGAGAAAGUCUAUUACAACAAUGGCUGCUGCUCUAAAUAUGAAUGCCAAUGUAAAUGCAGUGGCUGGGGUGACCCUCACUACAAAACAUUUGACGGAACAUAUUAUGCUUUCCAAGGAAACUGUUCCUACGUGUUGGUCAAAGAAAUUGUUCCUAAAUAUGACAUCAAUGUCCACGUUAAAAACUAUUACUGUAACACUGCAAAAAAUUUUGCUUGCCCCGAGUAUGUGAUUGUGAACUACAAAUCCUAUAAUAUCAAGAUAACAAGCUACAGCGAGGAUAUUCAGGUCUAUGUCAAUAAUGAUGUAAAGAUCCCAACAUACAGUAAUGAAGACUUCUCCAUCACCACGUCUGGAAUGGCUGUGACUUUGAGCAUCCCUGAAAUUAAAGCAGAAAUUUUAGUUAAUCAUCAUGGUUUUGAGGUCAAACUUCCAUUCUCUGAAUUCAGUGGUAAUACAGAAGGACAGUGUGGGGUCUGUGACAACAACCCUACAAAUGACUGCAGACGUCCUGAUGGACAAACGGAUGAAUCAUGUGGGAAUAUGGCACAACUGUGGGCAGACAGCCCAGAAUGUCAAACAUCUCCACAACCACCAUCUAAAGGCUCCAGCUGCAAUGCACAAAACUGUGAACUCAUCAAAAGCGAUUUGUUCAAGAGUUGCCAUGCAGUGGUGCCCUAUCAAAGCUACUAUGACGCAUGUAAAUAUGACAUAUGCAACAAGAAAAGUGAAUCUAUGGCCUGUACCAGUCUGGAGGCUUAUGCACGAACGUGUGGUGAGGCAUCUAUCUGUAUUGACUGGAGAAACUCAACUGAACCUAAAGGACUCUGUGACUACAAGUGUGCCGAUCACAAAGUCUACAAGGCAUGUGGACCAAAGGUGGAAAAAACCUGCAGUACAAGAUACAACGAAAUGUUUGUGCACAAUGAAUGCCAAGAUCCAAAGUAUAUGGAAGGCUGUUUCUGUCCAGAUAACACAUAUCUACUUAGUUCAACGUCAGAUCAAUGUACAGCUAACUGCGAUUGCAUUGGCCCAGAUGGAUUAUCUAGAAAGCCUGGGGAUUCAUGGACCAUCAACUGUACAACAUAUAGGUGUUCCAGGGAGAGCUUUGGUGUUGUGCAAGAGCCUGUUAAGUGUCCAAAAACAAAGCCCUGUGGUGAACAAUACAAAACAACUAUAAGAAACUGCUGUCCAACAUGUGAAUGCAAUAUGGAGCUGUGUCUUAUGACGAAAUGUGACAUUGGAUACGAGUUAGCAAGAACUAAAUCUGAGGACGGCUGCUGCCCGCCCUGUGUGCCCAAAAAUGUCUGUGUUUACAAUGACAAUGAGUACAAGCCUGGUGUUAAAAUCCCAACAGAUUCAUGCAACGAUUGCACAUGUGGAAUGGAAAAGAACCCAAAGACUAACCUACAUAUUAUGCAAUGUUCUCCAGUAAAAUGUGAACCCUGUGGAGAGGGCUUUGAAGAGGUAAAGGUUGAAGGAGAGUGUUGUGCAAAAUGUAAGCCAACAGGAUGUUUGUAUAAAAACGCAAACAACAUCUCACAAAUUCUCAAGGUUGGAGAAAUACACAGUUCUAAAUGCGAGGGGGUGGUCUGCCGUGAGGUUGAUGGAGAGUAUUUGAUUGAAAAGUCAAUAAUGAAAUGCCCGGCCUUUAAUCCAGCUGAUUGUGUGCCGGGGACUGAGAGAAUGGAUGCAAAUGGAUGCUGCAAAACCUGUGAUCGUAAAAACUGUGCAGUCGUAAGAACUACAGAGAGAGUGAGCGCAAACAACUGCAUAUCCAUCGAUCCUAUAGAAAUUACAUCCUGCAGUGGCCAAUGUGGUACCAAGUCAAUGUAUUCAAUGGAGCAACACUCAAUAAUACACGUCUGUUCUUGUUGCCGGGAGACGAAAACUAGCAUGAAAGAAGUGAAGCUGAAGUGUCCAAAUAACAAAGAGAUCUCGCACCAGUACAUCUACGUUGAGAGCUGUGAAUGCACUUCAACCAAGUGUGGGGAAUGAAGAGCGGAUAACAGAUUAUUUUGCUAUCUGUCAGACCUUGCUUUAAUUAUUUCAGAUUUGAAAAUGAUUUGAAUAUAUUUUCUAAGUAUAGCUUAAACUAUACUCUUUUACUCUUUUAACAUAUCUUAAUUUACUUAUUUUUCUUUCUACACUUUUGAUUCUUCUGUAAUGUUUAAUGAAAUUAUAUAUUAUUAAUUUUAAUGAAGCUGAAUAUUAAACACAAUAAAGUAAGCAGCAAUUGA